AUGACACAUAAUAUCAUCGACGCCCAAAACAGAGGUGAAGAGCCUCGCCCAUCGCAGCUACCUAAGGACCUUAGCAAGCUCGCUGUUGAUUUGAAUGUAGAUUCAGUACUCAAGAACGAGGCUGAUUGGAAUCUGAAUGGCUUGAUAGCUUUCCAGAGAGCCGCCAACUUCAUCGCUGUUUCCAUGAUUUUCUUAAAAAGCAACACCUUACUCAGCCGCCAGCUUAGCAAGGACGAUAUCAAGCCACGCUUGCUUGGUCACUUUGGUACCUGCCCGGGCCUAAACCUCGUUUACGCCCACACCAACGCGCUUAUCAAGCGCCGCGAGAAAGAAGGCACCGAUCUCAAAUCCAUCUUCGUCACUGGCCCUGGUCACGGUGCACCUGCAAUUCUCGCCAGCUUAUUCUUGGAAGGCUCCAUCACUAAAUUCUAUCCUCAGUACACCAUGAACAAGGAUGGCUUCGAAGCUUUCGCACGCUGCUUCUCUUUCCCAGGCGGUACCUUCCCAUCGCACGUUUCCGCACAAGUCCCAGGCAGUAUUCACGAGGGUGGUGAGCUAGGCUAUGCUCUUGCUGUUUCUUUCGGCGCUAUCAUGGAUAAGCCGGAUAUGAUCGCAGUUUGCGUCAUCGGUGAUGGUGAAUCUGAAACAGGGCCUACGGCUGCUAGUUUGCACUCACACAAAUUCAUCGAUCCGGCAGAAUCAGGUGCAGUGUUGCCUAUUCUUCAUGUAAACGGUUACAAAAUUAGCGAACGUACCAUUCCAGGUGCGGCUGACGAUCUUGAGCUUGUCGCACUGUACAGUGGAUAUGGCUACCAGGUCCGUUUCGUUGAGUACGGACCGCUCGCUAGCUCAUUUGAGGAGCAUACGGAGAAAGACCGCAGAGUUAAUGCCGAUCUUGCUGUUUCUAUGGAAUGGGCUUAUGGUGAGAUCCGCAAAAUUCAGCACGCUGCUAGAUCUGGAAACCCAAUCGAAAAACCUCGCUUCCCAUUCAUUGUGUUGAGAACUCCAAAGGGUUACACCGGUCCACGCCAAAUCCACAACACACCUCUCGAAGGCUCUUUCCACUCCCACCAAGUUCCACUUCCUAAGUGUAAAUCAGAUGAUGAGGAAUUCUCAGUUCUUGGUAAGUGGUUGAAGUCGUACCAGCCGGAUGAAAUUUUCAACCUUGAGAAGGAGGAUGGUGAGUUUGUCGAUAAAGAAGCUCUCUCGAUUGUCCCAGCAAAAGAGUCACUCAGACUUGGCCAAGUGAAAGAAACUUACGACGCACAUCAAUCGCUCAAUGUUCCUCAAUGGAAGAAUCACACUAAGAGUCAAGGUGAAACAUACUCGCCAAUGAUUGCUACAGGCGAGUUCCUUGCCGAUGUCAUGAAGCAAAAUCCAGAAACAUUUAGAAUGUUCAGUCCUGAUGAGCUGGAGUCGAACAAGCUGCACAAAGUUUUCGACGUCACUAGCCGUGACUUCCAAUGGGACCCUGAAAGUGCACACAAGGGAGGCAGAGUAAUUGAGAUGCUCUCAGAACACACACUUCAAGGCUUCUUGCAAGGAUACACUCUCACAGGCCGCACAGGUUUAUUCCCUUCGUAUGAAGCCUUCCUAGGCAUUGCAGCCACGAUGAUGACUCAGUAUUCCAAAUUUAUCAAGUCGUGCAAAGAGGUACAGUUCAGAGGUGAUGUCAGCUCGCUUAACUACAUUGCGACGAGUACCUUAUGGAGACAAGAACACAACGGUUACUCACACCAAGCGCCUGGAUUAAUAUCCACCUUCCAGACUUUCCCUGCGCACCUUUCGAGAAUCUACUUCCCAAUAGACGUCAAUACUACGCUUUCAUGCAUCGCUCACUGCUUGAGGUCAAAAAAUUACCUCAACUUGAUUGUCGGCAGCAAGCAACCCGGACCUGUAUUGAUGUCCGCAGACCAAGCCGAAAAGCAUUGUAUUGCCGGUGCUAGUGUUUGGAAGGAGUACUCAACAGACCAAGGUGUUGAUCCAGAAGUCGUACUCGUCGGUAUCGGUACAGAGGUUACAUUCGAAGUGUUAGCUGCGAGUGUGCUUUUGAGAAACUCUGGAGUGAGAGUAAGGGUGGUGAACAUUUACGACCUUAUGAUUUUGGCUGGAAACAAGCAAGAUCAUCCACACGCAUUAGAUGAAAACUCAUUCAACAGUCUCUUUACCAAAGAAAAGCCAGUGUUGAUCAGUUACCACGGUUAUGCUUUACAAGUUUCCUCUCUUCUGUUCCAGAGAGAACACUCACUUAACAGGGGACGAUUCUCAAUUGAUUCUUACAAGGAGAACGGCACCACAACUACACCUUGGUUGAUGCUUCACUGGAACAAGGUAUCCAGAUUCCAAGUUGCGGAUAGGGCUAUUAAAGAAGUCGCGCACUACUCGCCACAGUCACACGCAUCCACUGUCGCUCACCUCUACGGCACGAAUUGGCUGCAUGAGGGUAGGAAUAUGGAGAAGUAUGCCAAUGAAACUGGAGCUGAUCAUGAGGAUUUGGGUAAGCUGCCUCAACUCGUUAAGGGUGAAUAA